UUGUUUCAGUUUUGGCGCAUUUUUUUUCAGACGGCAAACGUGCAACCUGCUGCGGAGAGCAUAACAGCACAUGCUACCGUACACAAGAAUGGGCGUGAUUUUGGUGCAGCGAACAUAGUGUUCCCCAAGCAACUAGAUCUUCCAAGCCAGAAAUACCGUGGAGAAUUCAAUUGGAACUAUCAAAACAGACCGCAUAAGGCGCUUGUGGAGUACAAUCGGCAAACGGACCCACGUGGUUCCAUGCACGAUGUGAAUUUGCAGUCUGAUGACAACAUCAAUUUAAAUAUGCAUCUCGACCAUCAUGAUAAAAUUCAUUUAAAGUGUGACCUGGACAAAGAUCGAGUUCGAACCGUUUCAGCUGAACUGUCAGCAGCACCUUUUAGAUCGGAUCUUUUUGAAGUAAAGGGACAUCUCAGUACUGACAGACCCCUUCAGCGAAGAUCGCUGAAGACAAAAGCAUCGUUCACCUUCAGGACUGAUCAAGUACUUGCUCUUUGA